AUGCCCAUGAUGGAGGCUGAGCAGCAGGAGGAAGAUGCAAACACCCCAUCUGAAGAUGAACCCAAGAGCAAGGCUCACGACUGCCUGCGCUAUGCACCCCUCUGGAUAGUCCUUGUGCUGUUGGCUGGAGCUGGUGUGCUGACCUGGUAUUUCCUAGACUACAGACCACGACACUUGGAAUCAACUGUCCUGCAGUUCUACUCUGGCAGCCUCCGGAUCCUCAAUUGUCAGUACUCCCUGGACCUUGGACGGCCAGAAUCCAGAGCCUUCUGGACUGAGUCAGCAAAGCUACAGAAGAUGCUGAGGGAACUUAUUCGUGUCACGGACCUGGAUCCAUAUUACAACUCCAGCACAGUAUAUGCCUUCGGGGAGGGGUCCCUGACCUUCUUCUUCUGGUUCGCCCUUCAAGUCCCCAAGAGUCAGCACAAGGAGAUGACUGCUGAGAGGGUGAACAUGACUCUCUGCAGAGAGCUUCUCGCCAGUGCCAACGGUACAGGCAGACUCUCCUACCAGACAGAGUACAAGGUUGAUCCAGAUUCUCUGGUUCUGCUGGAAUCCAGUGUGAAAGACAUAGUAGUGCUGAAAUCCACUCGGGGUUGCUACAGGUACAGCCACAUCAGGGCAGAGGAAGUCUUCAGGCUGAAGGGCCCUGACUACUUGGCCUCCAGUUGUCUUUGGCACCUCCGUGGUCCCAAAGGCCACAUGAUCAAACUACGUCUGGAGUGGACCCUCCCAGAGUGCAGGGACCGGCUGGCCAUGUAUGAUGCAGCUGGGCCACUGGAGAACCAUCUCAUCACCUCAUUCUAUGGCUGCAGCCGUCAGGAGCCCAUGGUGGAAGUCCUUUCUUCGGGCCACGUCAUGUCCGUGGUAUGGAAGAAAGCGAUGUACAGCUACUACGAUCCUUUCAUCCUCACUGCCCAGGCUGUGCCCUCUGAAGACUGCCAGGUGAAUCUAACGCUGCAGGGAGGCCUGGAACUGCAGGGGAAGAUCAACACUCCACACUACCCGAGCUACUACUCGCCCAACACACAGUGCACCUGGCUCAUGACGGUCCCAUCUCUCGACUACGGAGUUGUCCUAUGGUUUGAUGGCUACACACUGAGGAGACAGAAGUAUGAUCUGCUGUGUACUCAAGGCCAGUGGAUUAUUCAGAACAGAAGGUUGUGUGGCCUGCGGACCCUGCAAGCCUAUGCCGAGCGAAUUCCUGUUGUGUCCUCUACCGGCAUCACCAUCAGCUUCACCUCUCAGAUCUCCCUAACCGGACCUGGAGUGCAGGCUGCCUACAGCCUCUAUAACCAAUCUGAUCCCUGUCCCGGGGAGUUCCUCUGUUCUGUCAAUGGACUGUGCGUCCCAGCCUGUGACGGGAUCAAAGACUGCCCCAAUGGACUGGACGAGAGGAACUGUGUGUGCUCGGCGAAAUUCCAGUGUCAGGAGGACAGCACUUGCAUAGAGUUCACCAAGGUCUGCGACCAACACCUGGACUGUGUCAACGGGAGUGACGAGGAGCAGUGCAAUGAAGGAGUCCCCUGCGGGCCUUUCACUUACCAGUGUGCAGACAGGAGCUGCGUGAAGAAACCCAACCCUCAGUGCGACUCCACCACUGACUGCAAGGACUCGUCUGAUGAGAAGCACUGUGACUGUGGAUGGCAGGCCCCUCUGAACCGGAUUGUGGGUGGCGCCAAUUCUGUAGAAGGGGAAUGGCCAUGGCAGGCUAGCCUUCAGGUCCGCGGGAGCCAUAUUUGUGGUGGAACGCUGAUUGCCGAUCGGUGGGUGGUCUCGGCUGCUCACUGCUUCCAGGAUGACAGUAGAUUGGCUUCCCCAUCCAUCUGGACUGUCUACCUGGGCAAGUACUUUCAGAAUGUCAGCAGCCAGAAUGAGGUGUCCUUCAAGGUGAGCCGCCUCCUCCUGCACCCGUAUUAUGAGGAGGACAGCCACGACUACGACGUGGCCCUGCUCCAGCUUGACCACCCAGUUAUCAACUCGUCCUUCAUUCAGCCCAUCUGCUUGCCCGCCCACUCCCACCUCUUUGAACCUGGCCUCCGUUGCUGGAUCACUGGAUGGGGGGCUCUCAAGGAAGGAGGGCAACUGAGUAACAUCCUACAGAAGGUGGAUGUGCAGCUGAUCCAGCAGGACAUCUGCAGUGUGGCCUAUCACUACCAGAUCUCUCCCAGAAUGCUUUGUGCCGGCUACCGCAAGGGCAAGAAGGAUGCCUGCCAGGGUGAUUCCGGAGGUCCCCUUGUCUGCAAGGAGCCCAGUGGCAGGUGGUUCCUGGCUGGCCUGGUGAGCUGGGGGCUGGGUUGCGCACGUCCAGAUACUUACGGGGUCUACACCAGGAUCACCAGGGUGCUAGGCUGGAUGAAACAGACAAUGAGCUGAGGGA